AAGGACUCGAAAAAGAAGGAGAAGCGCGAGAUGAUGGCGGCGGCGGCCGCCGAGGCCGCCAAGCGGGAGGCGCUCCGCGACGACCGCGACGCCUUCUCCGUCGUCAUCGGCGCCCGCGUCCCCGGAUCCGCUGCCGACGGCGACGCCGCCGCCGUCGACGGGAACAUCAAGGACAUCGUGCUCGACAACUUCUCCGUCUCCGCGCGUGGGAAGGAGCUGCUCAAGGGCGCCUCGCUCCGGAUCUCGCACGGUCGCCGCUACGGUCUCGUUGGGCCCAACGGCAUGGGCAAAUCCACCCUCUUGAAGCUGCUCUCCUGGCGGCAGGUGCCCGUGCCCAAGAACAUCGAUGUGCUGCUUGUGGAGCAGGAGAUUGUUGGUGAUGAUCGCUCGGCGACCGAUGCCGUGGUUGCGGCCAAUGAAGAGCUCACAUCACUCCGGGCUGAGCAGGCGAAGCUUGAGGCCUCCAAUGACCCCGAUGACAACGAGAAGCUCGCCGAGGUCUAUGAGAAGCUCAAUGUAUGUGACUCGGAUGCCGCCCGUGCGCGUGCGUCCAAAAUCCUCGCCGGGCUGGGGUUUGAUGAGCCUACCAACCAUCUGGACCUCCGAGCCGUGCUCUGGCUGGAGCAGUACCUGUGCUCGCAGUGGAAGAAGACCCUCAUUGUGGUCUCC